AUGUUCUCUGGGCUUUUCUUGGUCAUCCAGCUCAAAAUCAUGAACAUCACCACUUGCUUUCUUCUUCUUCUUGUUUUGUCGUCACAAUGUCUCAUAGUUUGCUUAGCUAUGAGAACCAAGAAUCACACCACCGAUCAAUUUGCACUUCUCCGAUUCAAAGAUCAAAUAGUCGAUCCUAAAAAUGUAUUGAGAAACAAUUGGACGUCCUCCAGCUGUGUUUGCAAAUGGGUUGGUGUUUCUUGUGGUGUCAUCCAUGAAAGAGUUACUGCUUUGAAUCUUUCAAACAUGGAUCUUAAGGGUACUAUCCCUCCACACGUUGGGAAUCUUUCAUUACUACAUUCUCUGGACUUGAGCAACAACCAUUUCUAUGGCCAUCCGCCUAAAGAAUUGAGGCAGUUGCAUCGCUUGAGGAUCGUUCAAUUAAGCUUCAAUGAUUUUAAUGGAGAAAUCCCAUCGUGGCUUGGGAACUUACGUAGAGUUAAGAUGUUGCUUGUGAGAAAUAAUAGUUUUACGGGCACAAUCCCUCAAGCACUUGUCAACAUGUCAAAUCUGGAGACUUUAGAUUUGGGAUCGAAUCAACUAUUUGGUCAUAUUCCAUCUUCCAUCUUCAAGCUUUCUUCUUUGGAAGAGAUUAUUCUUGACAAUAAUGAAUUAUCUGGUAAUAUUCCACUGAAUAUAGGUGAAAUUCCUCAGGAAAUUGGCAAUCUUCUCAAUUUGGAGACCAAAAAUCCCAUAUAA